UAAGGACAUUUUUGGUCAAAAUUCUACACGUGGUGGAUCUUCAAGCGUCGGCUGUCUGAAGGCUGAUGUCACCAUGUUUUACAGAAUGUCGAGAAAUAUUACAGUAGCAGCAAUCCUCAUGUUACUGACAGGAGUUCAGGCUCAGCACAGUGUAACUCUCUCCUCUCAGAGUCUCUGUGCUGUUACUGGAUCUACAGUAAAAAUCUCCUGUACAUUUACAACACGUGAUCACUCCAUUGUCACACAGAGAGAGUGGUAUCAAGUCCAGAGCUCUGAAGGAGAACCACAAGCCCUGAGCAAAGAUCCACAAUACUCAGGACGAGUGUCUGUAAGAACCUGGUGGUCUGACUGUGAGCUGACACUGAGAAAUGUGAGAGUGAGUGACUCUGGAGUUUAUAACUUUAGAUUUAAAACACAGAGAAGUGUCUGGAUAUCAGCCUUAUCUGGAGUUCGACUGACUGUUACAGACUUGCAGUUGAAGGUGAACCCUAACACUGUAGGACAGAGAAAAGUGAAAGUGACCUGUAGCUCCACCUGCAGCAUCAGCACAUACAGUUUCUACUGGUACAGGAAUGGCAAUUACAUCAGAUAUACCACUGACGCCUCCAUUGUGCUCGACUCAACCAGUCCACAUGAUGAAGGCAGCUACUCCUGUCAGGUGUAUGGGAAAGAACACCGCUCUCCUCCAGUGUGUGUACUGGGUAAAGAGUGUUGGGGUGUGACUUACACUCCUGAACAUGUGUGUGCUCUGAAAGACACAUUGAUUGAUUUGUCCUGCUCUUAUAAACACCCUGCAGGCCACACAGUGAUAAAAUCAGUGUGGUUCAUUAAAGAGCAGGCUGAUGCUGAGCCUGUCGAUGUGAGAGAGGAUGAGGAGUAUCAGGGCCGAGUGCAGUACACACACAGCUCCCAGAAUAACUGUAGUCUGAGAAUCACUAACCUGAGAGAGAGAGACACUCAAACCUACAGAUUCAGAUUCAACACUGAUGAUCCUAAAGGGAAAUACACCGGCCAACCUGGAGUCUCUCUGUCUGUUACAGAACUGAAGGUUACAGUAUCAGACUUGAGUAAUGGGUAUAAAAAGCUGAGCUGUUUCACCACCUGCACUCUGUCUAACAACCCCACUUACAUCUGGUACAAGAACGGACAGCAUGUCACUGACCAGGACAGAAAUGAAAUGUAUGUCAGUAGUGAGGAUGCAGGCAGCUACUCCUGUGCUGUAAGAGGACAUGAGGAGCUUCGUUCUCCUGCUGUCUGUGUUUUUGUUGAGAAGAGCUGCUGGAGUGUGACUUACUCCACCCAGACUAUCUGCUCUCUGAUUGGCUCAUCAGUGGACAUACUGAGUUACUAUACCUUUCCUAACAAUCAGAAAAUGACAAAAGUGUUCUGGUUCAUUAAAGAGCAGGCUGAUGCUGAGGCUGUGGAUAUGAGAGAGGAUAAGGAGUAUCAGGGCCGAGUGCAGUACACACACAGCUCCCAGAAUAACUGUAGUCUGAGAAUCACUAACCUGAGAGAGAGAGACGCUCAAACCUACAGAUUCAGAUUCUACACUGAUGGGGGUAAUUACACUGGUGAACAUGGAGUCUCUCUGUCUGUCACAGAUCUGAGGAUUACAGUCUCAGACUUGAGUGACCAGUACAUAAAGUUGAGCUGCAUCACCACCUGCCCUCUGUCUAACAACCCCACUUACAUCUGGUACAAGAACGGACAGCGUGUGUCUGACUGUAAAUCUGCCUCCUGCUCUGUAGCUGCAGUCAGUGGUGCGGUCAGUUACAGCUGUGCUGUUGAAGGCCAUGACUGUCUCCUCUCUCCUCCAGUGUAUUCCCCUAAAGACACCAGAGCUGUGGUUCUUUCUUCUGGAGACACAGUGGAGGGGGAUUCAGUGACUCUGAGCUGUAGCAGUGAUGCAAACCCUCCUGUUCUCACCUACUCCUGGUUUAAGCAGAGAGCAGCUGCAGACACACUGCUGACAACAGGCCAGAAUUACACCAUCAGCAGCAUCAGCUCCCAGCACAGCGGACUGUACUACUGCACUGCUCGCAACCAGCUGGGACAGCACAACUCUACACCAAAACGCCUGGACGUGUUAUAUUCCCCUAAAGACACCAGAGCAGUGGUUCUUUCCUCUGGAGACACAGUGGAGGGGGGUUCAGUGACUCUGAGCUGUAGCAGUGAUGCAAACCCUCCUGUACUCACUUAUUCCUGGUUUAAACAGAGAGCAGCUGCAGACACACUGCUGACAACAGGCCAGAAUUACACCAUCAGCAGCAUCAGCUCCCGGCACAGCGGACUGUACUACUGCACUGCUCGCAACCAGCUGGGACAGCACAACUCUACACCAACACACCUGGAUGUGUUAUAUUCCCCUAAAAACACCAGAGCAGUGGUUCUUUCUUCUGGAGACACAGUGGAAGGGGGUUCAGUGACUCUGAGCUGUAGCAGUGAUGCAAACCCUCCUGUUCUCAACUACUCCUGGUUUAAGCAGAGAGCAGCUGCAGACACACUGCUGACAACAGGCCAGAAUUACAGCAUCAGCAACAUCAGCUCCCAGGACAGCGGACUGUACUACUGCACUGCUCGCAACCAGCUGGGACAGCACAACUCUACACCAACACACCUGGAUGUGUUUUAUUUCUAAUCAGAUUCCCCUAAAGACACCAGAGCAGUGGUUCUUUCCUCUGGACACACAGUGGAGGGGGAUUCAGUGACUCUGAGCUGUAGCAGUGAUGCAAACCCUCCUGUUCUCACCUACUCCUGGUUUAAGCAGAGAGCAGCUACAGACAUACUGCUGACAACAGGCCAGAUUUACAGCAUCAGCAGCAUCAGCUCCCAGCACAGCGGACUGUACUACUGCACUGCUCGCAACCAGCUGGGACAGCACAACUCUACACCAAAACGCCUGGACGUGUUAUAUUCCCCUAAAGACACCAGUGCAGUGGUUCUUUCCUCUGGACACACAGUGGAGGGGGGUUCAGUGACUCUGAGCUGUAGCAGUGAUGCAAACCCUCCUGUACUCACUUAUUCCUGGUUUAAGCAGAGAGCAGCUGCAGACACACUGCUGACAACAGGCCAGAAUUACAGCAUCAGCAACAUCAGCUCCCAGCACAGCGGACUGUACUACUGCACUGCUCGCAACCAGCUGGGACAGCACAACUCUACACCAAAACGCCUGGACGUGUUAUAUUCCCCUAAAGACACCAGUGCAGUGGUUCUUUCCUCUGGAGACACAGUGGAGGGGGGUUCAGUGACUCUGAGCUGUAGCAGUGAUGCAAACCCUCCUGUACUCACUUAUUCCUGGUUUAAGCAGAGAGCAGCGGCAGACACACUGCUGACAACAGGCCAGAAUUACAGCAUCAGCAACAUCAGCUCCCAGCACAGCGGACUGUACUACUGCACUGCUCGCAACCAGCUGGGACAGCACAACUCUACACCAACACACAUGGAUGUGUUAUAUUCCCCUAAAGACACCAGUGCAGAGGUUCUUUCUUCUGGAGACACAGUGGAAGGGGGUUCAGUGACUCUGAGCUGUAGCAGUGAUGCAAACCCUCCUGUUCUCACUUAUUCCUGGUUUAAGCAGAGAGCAGCGGCAGACACACUGCUGACAACAGGCCAGAAUUACACCAUCAGCAACAUCAGCUCCCAGCACAGCGGACUGUACUACUGCACUGCUCACAACCAGCUGGGACAGCACAACUCUACACCAACACACCUGGAUGUGUUAUAUUCCCCUAAAGACACCAGAGCUGUGGUUCUUUCUUCUGGAGACACAGUGGAGGGGGAUUCAGUGACUCUGAGCUGUAGCAGUGAUGCAAACCCUCCUGUUCUCACCUACUCCUGGUUUAAGCAGAGAGCAGCUGCAGACACACUGCUGACAACAGGCCAGAAUUACACCAACAGCAGCAUCAGCUCCCAGCACAGCGGACUGUACUACUGCACUGCUCGCAACCAGCUGGGACAGCACAACUCUACACCAACACGCCUGGAUGUGUUAUAUUCCCCUAAAGACACCAUUGCAGUGGUUCUUUCCUCUGGAGACACAGUGGAGGGGGAUUCAGUGACUCUGAGCUGUAGCAGUGAUGCAAACCCUCCUGUUCUCACCUACUCCUGGUUUAAGCAGAGAGCAGAUGCAGACACACUGCUGACAACAGGCCAGAAUUACAGCAUCAGCAGCAUCAGCUCCCAGCACAGCGGACUGUACUACUGCACUGCUCGCAACCAGCUGGGACAGCACAACUCUACACCAACACACCUGGAUGUGUUAUAUUCCCCUAAAAACACCAGAGCAGUGGUUCUUUCUUCUGGAGACACAGUGGAAGGAGGUUCAGUGACUCUGAGCUGUAGCAGUGAUGCAAACCCUCCUGUUCUCAACUACUCCUGGUUUAAGCAGAGAGCAGCUGCAGACACACUGCUGACAACAGGCCAGAAUUACACCAUCAGCAACAUCAGCUCCCGGCACAGCGGACUGUACUACUGCACUGCUCGCAACCAGCUGGGACAGCACAACUCUACACCUACACACCUGGAUGUGUUAGGCUCAGAGGAGAACACAGUGUUAAAGGUCAUCAUGGUGGGACUGGUCGUCUUCCUGGCAUUAACACUCCUCUCAGGAGCUCUGUGGAUGUGGUAUGUUAAAUGUCAACAUACUGAAUAUAUUUGA